AUGGGAAAGAAGUCAGCUCGCCCAUCGACCAAGGUCGGCUCGGCCGCUGCGCCGGCAUCAGGCCUGACACAAGCGGGCAGCAAAUCGUCUAUCCUACGAGCUGUAUUCUCCCCAUCGGAAUACCAAUUGGCCCUGUUUGCGUCCGUCAUCCAAGGCCUCGAUGGCCAACACAUUCGAAUCCACGAUACAAACACAGGACGCCUUCAGUGUGAGCACACCUUGGGGCCGAAGGAAACGGUGACCUCGUUGGAUUGGGGAUACUACGGUGGUUCGGGCAAAAACCGCGACCAGUCGAAGAAGAAGCGCAAGCGCGGUUCCGAUGUCAACGGAGCUGUCGAUGGUCUGGACCAAGGCGACAUCGUGGUCGCAUUCGGUACUAACACCUCGGACAUCCGCAUGUACUCACCUUCGGAAGACAAGGUUGUCGGUACUUUGACCGGCGCGCACGAGAAGGGAAUCAAGGACUUCAAGUUCACUGCCGAUCGCCCCGCCCAGGAGGCUUGGAGUAUUGGUGGAGACAACAAGCUCGUCCAGUGGGACCUGCGCACCGGACAAAGCAUCCAGACCAUCCAUCUUCCUGCAUCCUCCGUUUUCACUGCUCUCUCCCGUCCCGUUUCCUCGAAAACCCCUCUUAUCUGCGCAUCUCAGGCUCCAUUCCUAAUAGAUACCGAGAAGGCCGACGAACCGGUUCAAUUCCCCGCCAUGCGCAACCCUAUCCACACUGUCAUUUCGUCUUCUACCGAGUCCGCUGGCGUAGGUGCAUUCCUUGCCUCGGACGGUGACCGCUUUGUCAACGUUUUCGAUGCCGCGACUCAAAAGCUCGUUCGCAACCUUGUUGCCGAGCACGAGGUCACAAACAUCACCCUGCAAACUGGAGAUAAUGCCACCCCAGAGAAGCAGGUUCUUGCUGCGAUCACUGGAGAUGGUACCAUCGAACUUUUUACCAAGCCAUUUGUCCAACCCCAGAUCGCACCAGGCGCCAAUGCCAAGGCUCUACGGAAACAGAUGACCCAAAAAGCACACGCAGCCCUCAAAAUUACGAAUAACGAGUCUUCAAGCGCCUGUGUCCCAGUUGCUGCUGUUUCAUUCCAAGGGCCCAACAUUGUGGUUGCAUACACCGAAGGUGGUGUUAUUCCUGUUUUCGAGCGUGUCAAGUUCCUCGAUGAGAACACCGAGGAGCUCUCUUUCACCGGAACAAAGACUGUGGUGAAGACCAAGUCCAGCUCAGCACUUGCCUCCGUUACAACAAACGGAGCUAAGGGCUCAGGCGAGAGCCGUGUUGACGAGUCUCGCAUGACCGUGGAGCAGGGUAACCUAGUUGAUGAUGAUGUAGAGAUGGAGGACCAGAAAGAGGCUGCAUCUGACUCUGAAAGUGAAGAGGAUUCCGACGCCGAGGAUAACAAGAAGCCGAAGGCUCCUUCUACCGAUAAGAAGUCCAAGCCCGCUAAGGCCGCAACGAACGAAGAUGUCGACAUGCAGAAUGCCUCCGAGUCCGAGGAGGAAGAGGAGGAGGAGGGCGCAGAGCCAUCCUUUGGCGAGCUUAUGCGUGCCAACGCAGAGGUUGACGUGGAGGCCGAGCUCGAUGAUGACGUUCUGCUCGGCGCAUUGGUCCCUGGCAAGCCCCAGGCCGCAGUGCAACAGAUUCCCAACGGUGUUUCGCUGGCAACUGUCCUCACACAGUCUCUCAAGACGAACGACAGUGGCAUGCUUGAGUCAUGCUUCCACACUGGUGAUCUUUCCAUCAUUCGCACUACCAUCCAGCGUUUGGACUCUUCCCUGGCCGCGACUCUGCUCCAAAAACUCGCCGAGCGCCUCGCUUCCCGCCCUGCUCGCUACGGUCACCUUCUAGUCUGGGUGCAGUGGACUUGCGUUGCCCACGGCGGUGCCCUGGCUGGCCACCCCGAUCUCCUAAAGCGCAUGACUUCUCUUUACAAGGUUAUGGACCAGCGUUCUUCCAGCCUGCCUUCCCUCCUGCUGCUCAAGGGCAAGCUUGACAUGCUAGACGCACAAUUGGGUCUGCGUCAGUCUAUCCGUGGCGGCGAUGAGGGCAUGGACAGCGAAGAUGAGGAUAACGUUAUCUACGUUGAGGGCCAGGAAGAUCUUGAGGAUAGUGAAACCGAGGCCAAGACGCCGCGGAAGUCAAUACGCGACCAGGCAUACGAUGAAGACGAGUCAAUGAUGAACGUUGCCGACGAGUCUGAGGACGACGAGGUCGACAGUGACGACGAGGAUGAUGACGAAGAGCCUAUCCUGGAUAUCGAGGCUGCUGAAUCCGUUGGUUCUUCCGAUGCCGAGGAGUCACUGGAGGAGAACGAGGAUGACGAGGACGACGAGGCUGACAGUGAUGGUUCCAUGGUCGACUUCAUUGCCGACACAGAAGACGAGUCUGACGAUGAGGCUCAGGAGCAGCCCCCGCCAGCAAAGAAGAGCAAGACAGCCAAGAAGGGCAAGGGUGGACGGAAAUAA